AUGAAGUUCUCUGCCACCAUCAUGACCUUCUGCUGCUUCCUGCUUGUGGCUACGUCCAUGACGAUAGCCUGCGACUGUGGGCCUGGUCAAUACUGCUGCACCCGCCACGGUGCCGGAUUCCCUCGGUGCACUUACGACCCCAACGAAUGCCGUCGCGCAGUCGAGGACGAGCCCGCCGCCGUUGACAGAGCUUCCGCCUAG